AGCCAUUAGUAUUCACACAAGGAGGAAGACUACCUGGCGACGCACCUAGAACACGUCGUAUUGAUCGCCUGUCUCUGUUUUUUUUUGGCCAGAAGAAAGUUUUUCCCUUUAUAUUAAUUUGAUUUCAUGAGCUGAGCAAGAUGUUCGUCGUUAGACUUAUUCUUGCAGUGGCCGUUUUCGGACAGAUAACAACUACUGAGGCUCCCACGUCUACAUUGGCUCCCACGUCUACUGCGACUCCCACGUCUACUGCAACUCCCACGUCUACUGCGGCUCCCACGUCUACUGCGGCUCCCACGUCUACUGCGACUCCCACGUCUACUGCAACUCCCACGUCUACUGCGGCUCCCACGUCUACUGCGGCUCCCACGUCUACUGCAACUCCCACGUCUACUGCGGCUCCCACGUCUACUGCUGCUCCCACGUCUACUGCGGCUCCCACGUCUACUGCGGCUCCCACGUCUACUGCGACUCCCACGUCUACUGCGGCUCCCACGUCUACUGCGGCUCCCCCGUCUACUGCGGCUCCUCCGUCUACUGCGGCUCCCCCAUCUACUGCGGUUCCUCCGUCUACUGCGGCUCCCCCAUCUACUGCGGUUCCUCCGUCUACUGCGGCUCCCCCAUCUACUGCGGCACCAACACCAACACCGGAGGCCACUACAACACCAUCAAAAUCAGAUCCCUGUGCCACAAACCCAUGCAAAGGUGGCAGCAGUUGUCAGCCAGGCUAUGACUCCCACUUCACCUGUCUCUGUCUGACUGGCCAAAAAUACUCUGAGGUUCGAAAGCAAUGUGAGGAAGCCAAGGUCUUCCCAGGAUCUCUGACCCUGCCCAGUAUGACCUUCAACGAUGACAUGACCAACCCACAAUCAGAAACUUUCAACUCAUCAGCUGACACGUUAAUUACGAUGAUGAGGAAUGUUUUCCAGAGUCACAUUGACUACAUUGAUUCCACAGUGCUGAAUUUCAGCAAAAUGGCUAAGGGUCCGGCCCGUACCAUCUGGUCACUCAAGUCAGGAGGUGUCAACGUGGCCAUGGAGAACAAUUUUAAACUCGACUCCCUCAUCACAGAAGUCGUCAUCAAUGGAACGAUACAGGGUGCUAUUGUAAACUGUGACAAAAUGCGUUCCGGGUGUUUAGAUCAUAUACUUAAAAAUGCAGCAUACAAAGGAACCGAUCUGUGUGAUUCGUAUCGGAAACCUUGUAACGACGCGUCAACUACUUGUACUUCUGACAGUGGUAGACCUAAAUGUACUUGUCGGGACAAUUACGUGAAAUCGGAAUACUCUAUCAGAACAUGCAAAGCUUGUGAAAGUGGGAAGAAAGCAGAGGACGGUGUGUGUAACGAUUGUUCAUUUGGUUAUUCGGGUUUAAACUGCAAUGAAUCAUGGGAGUUGAUUCUGGUGAUUGUCGGGACUGUUCUUGGUGCGCUGCUACUCAUCACACUAAUCAUGCUGCCAGUAGUUGCACGCAAGACGUCCAAGAAGAGCUCCUCCAAGAAGUCCUCGAAGAACGCUGAGGUUCCUACCUACACCAGCCCCUAUACCGCCAAGGACUUCAGGGCAUCGGCCUUAACCAAUGGGGGGGUGACCAAUGUCAGUUCAGGUUUUGCGGGCGUACCCAAGAUCCCCCGGGCCAUGCCCAACAACAACAGCUGGGACCGUGGCAGCAACCUGGAGAUGACGGAGAGCGGUAGCAGACAGGCACUGGUGACCAGGGGAGACAAAGGAGGGAUUGGCAGCUACCAGAACCCUGAUGACACAAGGAGCUUCAACAACAGGAACCCCUACCAGAGCGGAGGUCAGUGCAACAACUCCUACCAGAGCGGAGGUCAGGGCAACAACCCCUACCAGAGCGGAGGUCAGGGCAGCAACCCCUACCAGAGCGGAGGUCAGAGCAACAACGCCUACCAGAGCGGAGGUCAGGACAACAACCCCUACCAAAGCGGAGGUCAGGGCAACAACGCCUACCAGAGCGGAGGUCAGGGCAGCAACCCCUACCAGAGCGGAGGUCAGGGCAACAACCCCUACCAGAGCGGAGGUCAGGGCAACAACCCCUACCAGAGCAGAGGCUAGGACAACCCUUACUUUACACACGACAAUGGAAGAAGAAACUGAAGACCCACUGGAACAGUCAAUAAGGAUACCAUUUUCUUCAGAACACAAAUGCUUAGAAAUCAGAAACCAAUAACAAUGGUUUUUAAAUAGUCCUACUUGUGAUUCUGCCUAUGUUCUACUCAACUUUUAUGCAGUGUGUAUCAAUCUUUUUUUUGUUGUACAAUAAAUGAUAGUUGAGGUGCAGUGUCCAUUCUGUCCAAGAGUGGGCGGUGUAUCCAAGCUCCUGAAAUGUAUGAAGGCUACUAAUGUAUUGUCGCUCAGUUUUCCUUAUGUUUUUAAAUAUUAGUUAAAUCCAUUCUCAUGCCCUGAUUGUAUUGUAUAACUGUAAUGAAUGUGUUUUUUCUAAUAUCAAUCCAAUACUGUAUUCAUGUGUGAUACAUGAGGGCUUAGUCUGUGACUCAUGCAAAUCUUACGUUAAUGCCAAUGCAAGAUGUUAUAACAUGAAAGGCCCAAGUUUUAUGUGUUAAAUCAUCAUUAUAUUAUGAUUGCAUGGGUCUGUCAUUUUAAAUGCUUCUUGUUAAUUUAUUUGAAUAUGGACGAACCAAGUUAAAUUGAUGUUAGGGGAAUUUAUUGGUGUGGUUCGCCAUUAUCUAUUUGAUCUCUUGUACAUCUACAUCGGGGUUUAGAAAUAGCAAAUAAUGCCUUUUAUCCUUAAUGUGCCAUCUUAAUACAUAUUGUAUAUGUAAAAUAAAUAUAGUCAAAUAUAAAUAAACAGAAUGUGUGUAAAAUUGUUCAAUGAUACACACAGUUCAGUAUGAUGACUUUUACACAAUACAUUUUGUAAAUGAGACUGGCUUCUCGUUGGAAUAAAGAAAAGGAAAAUAAAUCAAUGAAUUUACAA